UCUAUGUUGCAGCAUCGCAGCGGCUCCGACUCUCAUCCUGCCGAAGCGUCUCUCCAGGAAGAGAACGAGGUUGUCCCUGACGCCGACGUCCAGGUGUCCUCGCCGGGACACACCGACCAGGAAGCAGCCACCAAACAGGAAGCAGCCACCAAACCGGAAGUAGCCACCAAACAGGAAGUCUCCUUCACCGAAGUCCACGCCCAGCUGGCACCGGCCGAGCAGGCAGAGAAAGAGAAGGAGGAAGAGGAGAAGGAGGAGAAAGAGAAGGAGGAAGAGGAGAAGGAGGAGGAAGAGAAGGAGGGAGGCGACAGGGAGAAGCGAGAGGAGGGAGAAGAAGAAGAUGUUUCCAUGGUAACGGAGUACGCCCUGUCCUCCACGCUGCCUCAGGAGGACUAACACAACCUCAUUUAGUGAAGUUUCUUCUUCUUCUCUUUCCUUCUGAGUUCAGUGAGACAGACAGACAGACAGACAGGCAGACAGACAGGAGGACAGACAGACAGACAGGCAGACAGACAGACAGACAGACAGGAGGACAGACAGGCAGACAGACAGACAGACAGACAGACAGACAGAC